UGGCCCCUCCCUACAGUACUGCUUGUCUUCUCAACCCCCUGGAGGAGAGCAGAAAGAUGGGGCUGCCCCUGCUGCUGCUGUUGCUGGUGUCUCUGCAGGCUGAUCCCUGGGCAGAAUCCAAUUCAAAGGUUGACUAUGGAGUCAACCAACCAGAGCACCUCUCAGCCCCCAAGGGUGGCUCCAUCCACAUCCCUUUCUCCUUUUAUUACUCCUGGGAGUCAGCCAAGGUUCACAGCAUGAGUAUAUCCUGGAGACGGAAGCACUUCCAUGGGGAGUUCAUCUAUAGCACGACCCCUCCUUUCAUCCAUAAGGAUUACAAGAACCGGCUCUUCCUGGAUUGGACAGAGGGUUCAAAGACUGGCUCCCUACGGAUCUCAAACCUGAGGAGGGAGGACGAAAGUACAUACUUCUGCCGGGUCCAGUGGAACACGCUGAAAGAUGGCAAGCUGAUUGGGCAGUCCGUGCAAGGGACCAAACUCACCAUCACCCACACUACCAAUAUGACCAUCCUGGAACCUACCACCACUGCCACCACCAUAACAGCUGACCUCAGUGUCUCAGAGGGCAAAAGGAACUCAGAGUCUCAGUCCCUGAGUCUGGAAGCUGUGGUUGGGGUGGCACUGACCAGCGCUGUUCUCAAAACCACAAUUUUGGGACAUACGGUCUACCUCAGGUGGAAAAGAAGGAAAGGUCUGCGGACUAAAGCCAGAACCCCAGCCAGCGGAUCUUUCCACAACACUGAGGAGAAAUGCCAGAAUAUUGAGACUAAAGGGUGACGGCAUCCUCUACGCCUCCCUUGCCCUCUCCAGCUAGACCUCACCAGCAGCACCUCCCUGCCCCCCUCCCCAUGGGAGCCCCCAGGAAGAGACCCUAUACUCUACCUUCAAGGCCUAAGGAGUGGACUGAGGGACAACUUCCUUAGGGUAAGCUGUGCAGAGGGUCUCAGCUUCCAAUAAUAACCCCGGCCACACACACGACUCAGAAGCCAGCAGGUAUUGAAGGCCACCAGGGACCUGAGACAGAGCCAUCUGCUCCAGUUCCCUCUUCAACUUCCUAGCCUUACCCACCAAAAUAAAAGUACCCAGA